AUACUUUAUUACUGAAAUAAAUAGUAAUAUAAUUUUCCCUCUCUCCCUCUCUCUGUCUCUUCAAUUUUUCCAUCCAGGCAAGAAUCUCUGAAAGGCGCUGGUCGUCAGAGAAAGGAGUAGUUUGUCGUUGGAGGGAGUAGGGGAUUUGGUCACCGGAAAUACAAAAAAAAAGAGAAGAAAAUCAUUUGGGGGCCAAGCGGUGUAGAAUAACCCACCGUCAGGUGGGAGAAUAUAGAGAACAUUGCAGCAAAGAAGUCAGUACAGGAUACUUCAUAUGUGGUGAAAGGUCAAAUGCUCUGCAUAGUUGGGGGUGAAGACAUAUUUCAUGAAAGGGAUAUUAAGCGGCAAAAGAAACUAAAUUCUGGUUUGUCAGAAAUGAGCUUAGAAAGUCAUGGUCAUAUUCUACAAAGAUGUCCUAGUUCAGAAAUUGUUGCUGAUUCCAACUGCAAUUUGGAGUAUAAAAUAUGUGAAUCUCCUAAUGUUGUUCAGCCAAAAGCAGUUAUAGAUCAACAUCCUCCGAAAGGAAGUGUUUGUGCUUUCUGUCAUUCUGCUAAGACCACAGAGAAAACUGGACUGUUUUUGUACUUUGCAAAUGGAAGGGAAGUUGUGGGUAAUGCUACUUCUCUUUCCAAAGUCAUAUGUGUGCACAGUAAGUGCAUUGAAUGGACACCUCAAGUAUAUUAUGAAGGAGAAAUUAUAAAGAAUUUGGACACCGAGUUGGCAAGAGCUGCAAAACUCAAGUGUAGUAGUUGUGGCAUGAAGGGUGCAGCACUUGGCUGCUACGUGACGUCUUGCAGGAGGAGUUAUCAUGUGCCCUGUGCAUUUGAAAUCCAGGAUUGCCAAUGGGAUAUGGAGAACUUUGUGAUGCUGUGCCCAAUUCAUAAAUCUGUUAAAUUUCCAAGUGAGAAGUCAAAGUCCAGAAAACAUAUCAGGAGGGAAAUGCUUCCAAAGGCUUCUCCCCUAACCACCGAGCAAUUGACUUUUUGGGCAAGAUCAUCAGAUGGACCAAAAGAAUGGGUUCUUUGUGGGUCUGCUCUAUCCUCAGAAGAUAAGUAUAUGUUGGUGAAAUUUGCUGAUAUGUGUGGUGCAACUGUGUGCAAGUUCUGGAAACCAAAUGUCACACAUGUUGUUGCAACAACUGAUGUAAAGGGUGCAUGCACCAGAACAAUGAAAGUUCUCAUGGCGAUUUUGAGUGGAAAAUGGAUCCUAACUAUGGACUGGGUAAAAGCUUGUGUUGCAGCAAAUGGUCCAGUAAAUGAAGAACUUUAUGAAAUAAGUCUAGACAAUUAUGGCCGUUCUGGGGGCCCCAAAGCUGGAAGGUUGAGGGCCUCAACUAAUGCGCCAAAGCUUUUUGAUGGUUUCGAGUUUUAUUUGAUUGGAGAUUUUAUGCCAGCUUACAAAAGUGACCUGUUAGAUCUAGUCGAGAAGGCUGGAGGCACUGUCAUUCAGAGUGAGGAGCAGUUGGUGAAACAGAAUCAUUCUGCACAGGGAACUCAGCCAUCUUCUCUAGUCGUAUACAACUGUGAUGUCCCGCAGGGUUGCAUGUUUGAAGAAGAAAACAGUAUUUUGCAGCAAAGAUUAGCUGAAGCUGAGGAUCUAGCCAAGCAAAUCGGUUUUCAGACCGUUCAGCAUACUUGGAUUCUGGAAUCUAUUGCUGCAUGUAAAUUGGUACCCCUUUCUGCUGAUGAGUGAUUGCUGCAAGUUUUUUGUGCAACUGAAAUACUUUCGCUUGUGGUAGAAGAGCAAAAGUAGUUGUACAUUUUCUGCACCUGGGAAAUAUAGUUGAAUCUUAAAUGCUAAAUUUUGUGUAUAAAUGUGAAAAGAGAUAUUACAACCUUGGUUUCAAGUUCUAACAAUUUUGUAUUGGGAAAACUACACAAAUU